UUGGGGUGGCCCCUGUGCAGGCCAGAUUACUUUGGGCGUGAGUUGACGAGCCUGCCUGAGCUGCGGUUGUGCAGAGUUGCUGUCUGGAGGUUGAAGUGUAUCUGAAUCUUUCUGACAUCCAUCAAUCCAGCAGGAGCAAAGCUCGGGGUGUGAGCAGCGAAUAGGACUUGCUGGCCGUCAAAAGCCUCAGCUAGCGAAAGUCCUGGCAGUGAUAUCUGCUAGCUAAUGUUGCAAGAUUUCAUCAGCUAGCUGCUUUCCAUGAAAAUUUAUUGAACGACGUGCCUAUGGUCUUCAUUUCUCUUGUGCAGCGGAUUUCCCAGUGGUGAAGCAAACAACGAGGUAGAGGUUGGCCAAUAGCUGCAUUUGUGGAGAGGCUCAGCGAUGAACAAACUACGGCAGAGCUUCCGCCGCAAGAAAGACGUCUACGUGCCGGAGUCGAGCCGGCCGCACCAGUGGCAGACGGAUGAGGAGGCUGUGCGCAGCGGGAAGUGCAACUUUGCAGUCAAGUACCUGGGCCAUGUGGAGGUGGAGGAGUCUCGAGGAAUGCACAUCUGUGAGGACGCGGUGAAAAGACUGAAGACGGACAGGAAGUUCUUCAAAGGCUUCUUUGGAAAAGCGGGAAAGAAGGCAGUGAAAGCAGUUCUAUGGGUCUCAGCAGAUGGACUCAGGGUGGUGGAUGACAAGACAAAGGACCUUAUCUUGGACCAGACGAUAGAGAAGGUGUCCUUCUGCGCCCCCGACAGGAACUUUGACCGCGCCUUCUCCUACAUCUGUCGGGAUGGUACCACACGCCGCUGGAUCUGCCACUGUUUCAUGGCUGUGAAGGACUCGGGGGAGCGGCUGAGCCACGCGGUGGGCUGUGCCUUCGCGGCGUGUCUGGAGCGCAAACAGAAGAGGGAGAAGGAGUGUGGGGUGACCGCCACCUUUGACGCCAACCGCACCACCUUCACGCGCGAGGGCUCCUUCCGCGUCACCACCGCCACGGAGCAGGCCGAGAGGGAGGAGAUCAUGAGGCGGAUGCAGGAUUCCAAGAAAGCUGAGACAGAUGUGAAGACCCAGGCUCCUGUUAGCACUGCAUCCACGGUAGCCAACCCCAUAGUGACCAUCCCCACCCCUCCCUCCCCAUCCUCCUCGUCCUCUCCCCCUGCUGGGCUACCCCAAGACACCAACCCUCACGCCAUCCCCCGCCGCCAUGCCCCUGUGGAGGCCCUCGCACGCCAGGGCUCCUUCCGGGGCUUCCCGGUCCUCAGCCAGAAAACAUCGCCCUUCAAGCGCCAGCUGUCCCUGCGCAUGAAUGAGCUGCCCUCCACCAUGCAGCGCAAGUCCGACUUCCCCAUCAAGAACUCUGUCCCCGAGGUGGAGGGGGAGGCUGACAGCAUCAGCUCCCUGUGCACACAGAUCACCACUGCCUUCAGCGGCCCUGCUGAGGAUCCCUUCUCGUCCGCGCCCAUGCCCAAACCCGCCUCCUCUCCGCAGUCUCCCGCUGCUCAAGUUAACGGUGCUGCCUCUGCCUUCCCCCUGCCUGUUGCUAACCCCGCGGUCAAUGCUGCCUCCAUGCUCCCGCCUCCGCUGCCCGCCCGCGACACUAACCCCUGGGCUAAGGGCCCCGCUGUGAGCUCUGGCCCCAGCACCAGCACAGGUGGAGACUGGACAAGUACAGCUCCUGCAGCCUCUGCCACAGCUGCGCCGCCCCCUCAGCCCACCCACAAACGAACUCCCUCAGAGGCCGACCGCUGGCUAGAAGAGGUCUCCAAGUCGGUGCGUGCUCAGCAGCCCACACCCACCAUGGGGGGACCAGCUGUGCCCCAACCCUACCCUGUCAACGCCUUCAUAACACCACUGCCGAACGCUGUGCCCAUCAUUCCCCCCCGACAGCCUACCUUCCACCCACCUCCACCCAGCUACCCAAUGACCAACGGCAUCUCCUACAGCAAUCCCAGUGUGCCUGUGGUGGGCAUCACACCCUCCCAGAUGGUCGCCAAUGUCUUUGGCACUGCCGCCCAGCCCCAGCCCCAGCCCCAGCCCAUGCCAGCCUCCUUCCCUAAACAGAGCUCCUUUCCUCAGUACGACUCGGCGUGCCCCAGCGCCAGUCCCUUCUAUAAGCCCGCACAGCCGCCGCCGCCUCUGCCCGCACAGCCGCAACCCAACGGGAACGCAGCGUUCAAUGGGGCCGACAGCUGGGUGCCUCCUUCCGCCACCCAGGAGCCAGCCGAUGCCUUCGAAGCUCAGUGGGCGGCUCUGGAGAACAAGUCCCGGCAACGCACCACCCCUUCUCCCACAAACCCUUUCUCCAGCGAGCUACAGAAGACCUUUGAGAUUGAACUUUAAGAGCAGGGGUGGAGGGAGCGCGGUCUCCCCACCCCUGCCUGCGACAGGAACUUGUAAACUGCUCUGAAAAACAAUCGUCAAAUCUCAAUACAAGUAUGUAACAUUAUUGAAGACUGCAGAGGGGAAUGACGAGCUGCUUUCUUUCAAAGACUUUUUUAGUUUUUUUUUUUUUUAAUUUUCAAAGCAGCUUCUGAAACCCAGCGGGCCAUCAUCCUGUGGAAACGUUGCAAAGGCUCCCCUGCUGAAGUGGGGUAGCAAGCUGGCAGGAGUGGCCCCAUUUUUCACCAUCUUCAAGCCUUCCCUCCGCACACUGAGAGUGCCCCCUGUUGGUAGAGACUGAGCAAUGACAUCUCCACACCUUGAGAGACGGCACCGAAGAACAGAAAUGAGCUUCCAUGUUAUGUAAGAGGUUUAAAAAAUAAUGAACGCAUAUGACAGAAUGCCAAAUUCUUUAUUUUUAUGCAUUUAGUAUAUUUUAAAUAGCUGUGUAAUUUGACAGACGAGUUGUAAGUAAUCUUGCCAAAGGUGAGGGUUAGUUGUGAAAUGUACAGUAUAAUAACAGAGUUUGAUUUAUCACUGAUUCUAUUGUAUGUACAGUGGGAGGGAGGAAGGAAUGUUUUUUUCUGUUAUCCUCUGAUUGGGUGACGUUUUAUUGUAUUUAGUCUGAAUUGCAGCAACAAUCAUGCCCAAUAAUAUAGCACCUAUAUCUUCGACAGGGAGAGAGAAGUAUUGUCAUGGCAGCUUCAAUCCAUGGCCAGCAUUUUUUCCUUUUUAAUUUUUGUUCCGUUAUCUUCAUACGUUGUUUUGAUCUCUUUUUAUGGAUUAUAUUACUAUUGUCUGUUUUAUUGGUUUAUGUGUUUUGUUUUUGUUUUUCUACAAAGAAAUUUAAAGUAUGUUUGCACAAGCACUGAGAAAAUUCAUCAAUAGCGCUGGAGCCUCAGUUUGCUUUCUGAGAUUUGGUGUGACUAAAACAGUACUGAGUAUACUACAGAAACAGGAAGAGGGUUGCUUUUUAUGUAGUCCUCCUUUCGUCUUGCAAUGAGCCCUGUCAUCAGGACUUUCUACUGAUUUGUUUUUAAUUCCUUCAUUUUUAUUUCCAAACCAUUUGAGAAAAUUGAAUAAAAGGCGGUGGUAGAA